AUUCAUCGUUGCUUUGUCCCUGGCUGGAGUCUGUACCGCCACACUGACAAGUGACAACUGCCGAGGGUUGCCCGCUGGUCUGCACUCUGUCUGUGUCAUCACUGGCGAUUAACUCUUAUCCAGAUAGGAAACAGUGGAAGUCGUUUUACUUCGAGCAGUUUAUAAAUGGAUAGUUUGGUGAGAGAGUAAGCCCUAGUGGUGUGAUGACGCAUCCAGUACAAAUGCUGUGUCUCAGGAAGUGAUUAAUUCCAUCCGGUAUUUUGGACUUGUUUUUUUUUGGAAACCUCUUCAAUUUCAUCCACAAUGUCGGUGAUGUACGGAGGACAAGAACUCAUUCAGGACAAGUCAUGCUUCAGGGCACAAAUUGGAUGUCUGUGUGGCACCUCAUCAUGUCGUUGUUGCUGCCGCUUUUGCCCAAGUGUAAAUGAAUCUACAUCAACUAGAAUUGUUUAUAUAAUGUUUUUAUUCUUUGGUGUAGCUGUCAUGGCCCUCAUGAUGUCGGAGCAUGUGCAGGAAGCUAUCAUGGAAAUGUUUCCUGAUGAGAAUGAAGUAUGUGUAUGGCUGGGUGCAGGAGAGCAAUGUGAGGCAGCGUUGGGCUACACAGCAGUGUACAGGCUUGGAUUUGCAAUCACUGCUUACCAUUUUCUGCUAAUGUUGAUCACAUGUGGUGUGAAAAGUAGCCGAGACUGUCGCGCUGGACUCCAUAAUGGAAUGUGGUUCUACAAGUCACUUGUUCUCAUCUUCCUUUGUUUUGGUUCAUUCUUCAUUCCAGACACAAAUCAUCUGUUCAUCAGUGUUUGGAUGUACACUGCCAUGGCUGGUGCAGCAUUCUUCGUUGUGAUUCAGCUGUUCCUGCUGGUGUUCCUUUAUCACUCUUGGACAGACAAGCUGGCAGCAAGAGUUCACAAUGGAGGGUCUUCAUGCUGCUGGUAUGGAGCAGUAGCAGUAUCAGUAUCAAUUCUGAUGUACCUCAUCUGUGCCUGUGGCGUCUUCCUUCUUGUGAAGUUCUUUGUACCUGAGUUGCGUUGUCGCCUGAACCUUUGGUUUAUAGGUAUCAAUGCUGCCUCAUGUGUUGCAGUUUCAGUUGUGGCCAUAGUAAAGAAAGGUCCAAAAGACAUUCGGUUACGACUUCUUCACUCAUCCCUUGUGUGUGUGUAUGUCAUUUACCUCACCUGGAGUGCCAUUGGUAGUGCUCCUCGUGAGCAUCGAGAGCAGACAGAUGUUUGGAUUGGACCAGGGCAUGAUGUUCACACAAGACCAUUAUUACCACAUGAGAAAUUCUAUUGUGGACCAAAAGUAGAAGACAAGAUGGUUGAUGACAUUCUCCCUUACAUCACUCUGCUUAUUACGUUCAUGACAGUCAUGUACAGUGUUGUAGGCACAGCAUCCCCUGAAAACUGCAAAGCCAUUGAGUUUCCAAGUUGUCCAUCCCAACAGAGUGUACAAAGGCACAACGUUGAAGAUAUUGGAGGACAGAAAGUAGCACGUAAUGAAGCCAGUGGUGUGACCUACAGCUAUCCACUCUUCCAUAUAAUGCUGGGCCUGGCCACACUGUACCUGAUGGUGAGCCUCACCAACUGGUACACUCCCUUCACAGCAAAUCUCAUGACAUUUGGGCGCUCAUGGUCAGCUGUGUGGAUCAAGAUAAUAUCUAGUUGGGUGUGUCUCAUUAUAUAUCUCAUAGUAACAAUCUUCCCGACAUUGCUCCCAAACAGCCAUUACCGCACCGCCCCAAUUAAUGUAUCUGUAAUUAAUGGUUAUGCUGGGAGUCUGCGUAGUGUUCACAGUCUGGAUGACGAGGCAGCUGUUCCACUUUCACCAAGCAAACAAACUGCCACUGUCCAUCAAGAGACUACUGUUUAGUCAACUGAUGGUGUAUUACACUAUGGUAUGGUAAGGAUACUGAUUUUUACAUUAUUUUACAAGGAAGUAAAUUUUAGCAUUAGUAUAGUAAUUGUGAUUUAAGCAGCUGUCUGCCUUCAGUAAGAAAUACGAGUACAUUGCUUAGGCAACCUGUUGUUUGUGACAUACCACGUAUGAGUUAGUACAUUGCUGCAUUGACAAAAGUUUAUAUAUUUUAGGAACAUCACAAAUAUCCUGUAGCUAUUUGGAAUGAUUGACAUUUUUUGUAAUUAGUUGUAAUGAGGCAGAAAAUACAUAUGGUAUUACUUGCAGAUCACCUAAAUUCAGUAGUUAGAGAAAUAUCUCUUACUUCCACUAUUACCUCCUUUAGUCUUCCUACGUUUGACAAGAUAUUUGUUUUCUUUGCUUCCUAAGGGUUGUGGAGCUUCCUACCAUUGUAGUGGCAUCAUCAUGGUGGGUUAAGUAAGAUAUUACUUAGGCAGCCACUGUGUCUUUUCCACUGCAUCAAUGAACAUGAGGUUGGAUAUCAUUUUGCCACGUUCACCAUAUCAUUCAGUAUAGCAUGCCAGGAAAAGUAUUCAAUGGAAAUGUGCCACAUCCUUUAAUUUUAGAUACAAUAGGCAGCUAAAUAGAUUUUAUGAAUAUAGUUAUGUGACAUUUUUACCGUUUACAUCAGGCGUGAGGAACUUCUAGCCUCCGGGAAGUAUAAGGCCUGUGGGGCCGGUGACGUAACUAAAGGGGGACAGAAGGGACUGUCCACCACGGGCAGCACUUUUUUUAGGGGAGCAACACUUGUGGUUCUCACAGUUGUCAGUUUUACACUAUUAGGCCUAUGCAAGCUAUUGAUAAUUAGACAUAGGCUCAUGUUCUUUCUGAUUUGUAGUUAUUCUUAAAACAUUUUAAAGAUUUUUAGUUUCUUUACUCUGCAAGUCUUUUCCUCAAGAUCUCAUUCUUUGUCUUGCUUGGCUUAUCUGGUGGCAUCUUGUAUCCCACUUCAUAAUGUUGUCAUACUUCACUCAGUCUCAUUCAGUCACCCUCACAUCAUAUUGUGUUUUGUAGGUUAUUUGGCAUUCCCUAAUUUUUUUUUUUUUUUUUUUUUUUUUUUUUUUACUUUAAUUGCUUAAGCUUCAGAAGCAUUUUUAAGCUAAGAUUUUUUCUUUUUUUUUUUUUUUUUUUUUUUUUUCUUUCCCAUUUUGGGAAGUUGAGAAUCUCCCUGUAAAUACUGAUGAAUCUCAUAAAGAACUCAUAGUUUUUUUUUCAUACACUGCAUUCCACAAGUUAUUUUUUACAAAAGAUGCUCUCCUGCUUUCUAUUGUAUGGAGUGUUUUGUUUUGGGUAUUUCAUGUAAUUUUUCUUUUCUUUUUUAUAAUUGUUGCAUUUGUAUUUUAUAUUGUUUUAUACUGCAAUCUCAGUUUUGAAUAUUGGUUGCCACAUGAAAUGAUUGACUGUAUAUUACAUGUAAAUGUUUAGUGUACACUGUAUUUUAGAUAGUAAUUUGAUUGUUAUGGCUAAAUAGAUAGAUAGCUUAGGUUAAUUAGAUUCUAUAUAUCAUACAAAAUAUUAUGGAGAAAAAGGCAAUGUGUUAACUAGAUGAUGUUUUGAUAAAUCAAAAGCAAUUUUUGUAUAAUUAUUUUGAAUGUAAUAGUGAUUUUACCCUAAUCUGAGAUGGAAACAACCUUUGCACAUUUCGAUUUGAAUUAUUGUUUUAUAUUUUCAUAAAACUACGUCCAUAAACAGACAGUGUACAACUUAAUCUUGGAUUUAAGUAUAUUUUUUUGUGAAAAAUUCUUUGCCAUCUAUUUUUUUAUAUAUCAAAUUUUGUGGUGUGUAUUUACCUAUUUGUGAUUACAGGGCCUGAGCCGUAGCUCUCUAUGUCCUGUCUCUUU